UUUGACACACAUUUCAUUAGCUUCCGAUGGACUGUUUCCUCCUUCCUCCUCCUAUUCACGCUACUGCAACUAUUGCUCAACCCAAUUUUCUCUAUUUCCGACUCUGAUGGCCCUUUUCCCGUUCGCCGGGAAGUCUACGGAAAUGGACGGAUUUUUGACAUUACUCACAGAAUAACCUCUGAUAUGCCGUCGUACGGCUCUGAAGAGGGGCUAGGACAGUUCUUGUGGCUACCCAAUAGCAUGAAGAAUGGAUCCCUAGCUAAUAACUCUGUCAUGAAAUUACCCACCCACACAGGCACCCAUAUUGAUGCUCCUGGCCAUGUCUUUGAUCAUUACUAUGAUGCUGGGUUUGAUGUUGAUACCCUUGACCUAGAGGUUCUCAAUGGUCCUGCAUUGUUGGUCGAUGUUCCAAGAGACAAGAACUUAACAGCGGAGGUUAUAAUAUCCUUACAUAUUCCCAAGGGAGUGAAGCGAGUACUUUUCAGAACCCUAAAUACUGACAGGCGUCUUAUGUGGAAAAAGAAGUUAGACUCAAGCUUUGUGGGAUUCAUGAAGGAUGGUGCACAGUGGCUGGUGGAUAACACUGACAUCAAACUUGUUGGAAUUGAUUAUUUGUCAAUUGCUGCAUAUGAUGAUUUGAUUCCUGCUCAUCUUGUUUUCCUCAAAAGCAGGGAGAUCAUUGUCGUGGAAGCAUUGAAGCUUGAUGAUAUAGAACCUGGAAUAUACACUGUACACUGCCUGCCCUUGAGGAUGCUUGGUGCUGAGGGAUCACCUGUUAGGUGUAUAGUAAUUAAGUGAUGCUCUCGUUGUAAACUUUUCCAACCAUAAGGAAGCACCAGAGAUAUGUUGGAGUGGAGUAAAGCACCACACAAUGGGACCACGACCAAAUUACAAAAGCAAUGCUGCUUAUCACUUUGGCAAGCUUAGGCUGGGCAGCUGUAGCAUUUGUACAUAAUAAAUUGUUGAAGUGAGAGUAAGCUCUCGGAUUCUACCUGUCAAAAAAAGAAAGUUCAAAAUAGACCUUAAAAGAAAAAAUAUGGAAUUUCUGUAUUUCUCAUUGAUAAUCACUGUACAAAGCUACUGUAUUUAUGCAAUCUUGUAUGUCUAAAUUCUAUACAAUUUUCUGCAUUGCACUUGCACCUCA